AUGGCCCAUCGCUCCGUUGCUGUGGCAGGGAUGCUGGUGGAGAUUGUGCUGGAAGCGCAGCCCGCUGUGGACUAUGGAGGCAUACAUCAUCCACGCCUCGCUCUCCAUUUCGUUGACCGAUCUGAGUGUUUCAAAGAUAAGAUCAAGCAGAAAGAAACUGGUCCAGUGGGCGGAUCGCAGCCUCUGGCAGCCAGAAUGAAAGCUUCAUUGUGGAUCACGGCCACAUUCCUCGCUCCCACAGUCCUAUCUAUAGAGACAUUGCCAUUCUCUCUCCCGCAAUUCGCAGAAACCAGCAAAAGAGCAUACGAUGUCUUGCAAAUCCUGAAGCGCGCCGAUAAUAAUUGCCCGGGGGGUUACGUUCCUUGCACCAACCUAGGCCAUUCCGAUGUUUGCUGCAGAAGCGACUCUAUCUGCUCUCGAGACGCCGCCGAUAAUAUCGCUUGCUGCCCUUCUGGGGCAAAGUGCACAGGAAGCCUUACGGGGGCGUCUACUGGCACAGACGCCAGUUUUAAAUUCCCUGGCACCGCAACCGCGGCACCGACUACGACUACCAACGACGCUACAAUAACCGGCUCUACGUUGACGGGGGCCUACCCGUUCAUCUAUGUCCCCACCACAUUCCCCAAUGCAGGCAUAUGCUCGUCGUACUGGUCCGUAUGUCAAACCGAGUAUUCGCAGUGCACCGCGGCUCUUGGAGGUCGCUACGGAGUCACCGUCGCAGGAGGCGGCGCGGGAGUCACGGUUGCGGGCGGUGGUGCAACGACCGCGGCGUCUGUUUGCUCGAGUCUGAGCCAAGCUGCUUGCCAUGGACUCAACCUGGCGUAUUGCGGCACGUAUGCCACGGGAGGAAGCAGCCCGAACAUUGCUGUAUCGGGCCGAACCUCCAGCUUGCAGGACUUAGUGUUUGGUAUGGUCGUUGGGGUGGCGGGAAUGUUCAUCUGA